UCCGCCCCAUUGAGAAGCGUUUCCGCCAAGAUGGUUGUCGGUGCCUUCCCUAUCGCCAAGCUCCUUUACCUCGGAGUGAGGCAAAUGAGCAAGCCUGUGGCUAACCGGAUAAAAGCUGGAGCCCGGAGGAGCGAGUUCUUUAAAACUUACAUUUGCCUGCCGCCGGCACAGCUUUAUCACUGGAUUGAGAUGAGAACAAAGAUGCGGAUCAUGGGCUUCAGGGGAGCCACCAUUAAGCCGCUGAACGAGGAAUCGGCAGCAGAGCUGGGCGCCGAGUUACUGGGGGAGGCAAUCAUCUUCCUCAUUGGUGGUGGAUGCAUGGUGUUAGAGUACAGCAGGCAGGCGGCUAACUCUCGCCGUAAAGAGGAGGAGCUGAACGAGACCCUCAUAAGCCUACAGACGCAACUGGCAGAAUUAUCCCUAACGACAGAGACUCUAAGUGCGCAGCUGAGAGAGGUCAACAGGCAACUGCUGUCAUUUCCUGUUCCCACCAAAAAGUAACAAAUUUAGUUGUUUGCUAUACAGCAAGGCAUAAUGUCGGGUUGUGGGGUGAAGGAGUGAGUGCACGUGUAUAUGUACAGCCUCAUAGCUUUGAGCUGGGUGGAAGAGGUUGAUAUAAGUAUAUCACUGCAAUGUGGAUUUGGGUACUGUCAUUUGCUCAUGUUCUGAGCAACUAGUUGUAAAAAAAAGGAAUUGCUAUGAUAUUCAUAGUGAAUUUCACUGGCUGACCUUGCAUGUUCAUUGUAAAGUUGACUGAGUGUAUAUAAAAACUAAAGUGGUGACCUUAAAGUUGAUAUAUACAUAUAUAUUUUUAACAGCUUCAGCAUAUUCCUUUCUUUGUAAUUCAGUGAUCCUCGUAGACCUUAAUCACUUUGGAAAUGCUGAAUUAUAUGAUUUUUUUUUUAAAAUACUAAUUAUGAGUUACUAUUAAUGGAAAAAAAUAUAAACACCAAAAAACAAAAUCAGCUCAUAUCAGUGGAUUAGUUUUUGAGAGAAUCUGCCCCUGUACUGUCCAUAAAAUUCCAUGUUGUAAUUGCUGGUUUGUAAUUGGAUGUAUGGUGACAAUUGGAAAAAAAAAAUUGAAAUAAAAUGAUAUGCUGGCUGUUGA